AUGGUUAAAAAAGCAAGAGAAAAGGGACUUUUUCUUAUGGAAGGUUAUUGGACUCGAUGUUUUCCCUUAUGGAGUGAUAUUAUGUCUAAUCAUUUAAAUAGUUUGGGCAAUACUGAAAUGUUAUCUGUCGAAUUCGAAUGUCCAAUUAAUCGUGUAGAUACAACUUCUGGAAUAAAAUACGGAGGAGAAGGUUAUUUGUUAGCUUCUGGUUGUUAUUGUUUAUUGAUUGCCCAAUUAGUAUUUAAAUCAGAAAAACCUUUAGAAAUUAUUGUUAAUGGAAAAUUAAGAGAAAAUGGAUUAGAUUGUUGGGCUAAUAUUUUAAUUAAAUAUUCCGAUAAUAAAUUGGCCAGAAUUUUUUAUUCUGGCGAGCAUCGAGGUGAUGGAGAGUUAAGCAUUUAUUGCGAGAAAGGAAAUAUUAGGAUCCCAGAAUACUUUUGGUGCCCAGAAGAGGCAAUAAUUCGUCGUUAUCCAGACCCAAAAACAGUUCCACAUGUACUUUCAGUUAAACCAACAACAGAAAAAAUAAAUAAUUACCUACCAGAAUUUAAUUUAUUUAAUUAUAAUUACCCCAAAACUGCUGGACUUUUUUAUCAGAUAGAUCAUGUUAGUAAUUGUUUGAGAGAAGGAAAGAAAGAAAGUGAUUUAAUGACUUUAAAUGAUUCGAUUUUGUUGGCUGAGACUUUGGAUGAAAUUAGAAAACAAUUGGGGGUUAGAUACCCUCAAGACGAUUUUUAG